AUGCCGAAACUAGUCCCUAUCCACUCUUCGUCAUGCUCUCUCCGACGUCCUCUACAUGCCUCGUCCUCCUUCAAGCCAUCGAUAUCCUGUUUCAAUGCCCAUCAUGCAUUUGUUUCCUCACAUGCGCGUUUGCUCGUCCAGCCCCGGAACGAGGUACUAGGUGAUCCCUGGCUGGUCCAGGCAUCAUACUCGUUCUUUUCGCAGACGGAUCUCCGACUUUUACCUUUGUUGGAGGGACUCAACGGAAACUCGAAUAACGAUCACAAACCGCCUGAUGAACGGAUUAUAAAAUUGGGAAAGACGCUACGAACCCUCUCGCCACUCCUCCCUACAAUCCUCUUCAAUGCCCUUCCUUCCACAAUCCUCUCUCCCAGCGUUGCUCUCCAUCUCUUCCCAUCGACGCAUCCGCAUCUUCCCACCGUCAAAGGCCGUACUCUUUAUCGCGCAGCGUUAUGGACCGUCCCCGUCGCAUGGAGUAGCCUCCCCCUAGUAGGAAACGUUAAGCUACAGAUCCUAAGCGAGCGGAUCGUCCGCGCAGGGACGGUGUUGGACCCGAAUAGAUGCGGUGAUAGCGAUUGCGGGGAUGAACGGUUGGUCGUACGGUGGAAGACGGAAUCAAGGGAGGGCUCUGGGGAGGGCUCUGGGAAUGCACAGACUUCGAGUGCCCUUCCAUCUGCGACGGGAAAUACUGCAUCAUCGAAAAAUGGCGUCAAUAAGGGCCUUAGCAAAUUGCUUGGCGGGGAUGCUCCGAUCUUCAAAUUGUCCAAGGAGGAGCAGUUUACGGGGCUGUUUAUCUUUUCUUUCGACGAGGAAGGUCGCAUCUUAACACAUACUAUUGAGCACGCGGAUAAUGCGAAUGGAUGGGAUCGAACGGCUAAGUUCGUUACCCUAACGGACUGGUUAAUUGGGAAGGCGAGGGGCUCGCUGGAACCUGCAGCGCCUGGAUUGGCAAUGCAGAGUUGUCCGGACUUCGGUCUUGAAAGAGGGCAACAUGAUUCUCGUCCAUGA